AUGAAGUCGAGCCUCUUUCUAAGCACCUUCUUAGCUGGUGUGCCUUCCCUUUGCAAAGUUGUUGUUCAUCCCGAUACAACUGAAGCUGGUCUCCUCAGGGCACCUCGCCAGCGAGAUCUCGAAUUGGACCCCUUCCAUCAAGUGCGGGAUGUGGAUCUCAUGGACCUGGACAGACGAGGCAACUCCUCCCAACAUGUGGCCACCUUUGAUCUUGCGAGUACCAUUCCUCCUGGACUGUUUCUAAAUGUGAACGCCGGACAUAAAGAAUCGAAUGGCAUCUCUGAAACGAUUAUGAUAUCAGCUUCCUGUGCUUCAUGCUAUACCACCGGCACCGGUGUUGCCACGACGCCGGGGAUCGAUACGGAUGACUCUGUAUUCCAUGAUAUUAUUAAGUUCAUAGAGGAGCUUGGAAAAGAUCCCGAAGAGGUGAUUAAAGACGCCUUCAACGUCCAGAUGGACUUCGCUCUCAAAAACUUUUCCGGUCACUUUGAUUUUGAUAUCGCCUUCACGGGCUCGGGCACAUACGAUAUCUCCAUUCCUCUUCCCCCUACACCUCUGGGUGGUACUUUCCCGGACCCUCCCAUCCCUGAUGCCCCCUCAACCACCAUCGGACUGGUGCCUACUAUCGAUAUCAUCUUCUUUGUUAGCGGUGCUGUUCACGUGUCGACGGGCUUUGAGUUCACCUUCCCGGAAGAUGCGACAUUCUCGAUCGACGCGAUUAAGGGCGAUAUUAUACAAACAAACUUUGGCAAUGUCAAAUUCAACUCUCUUCCAACCACGUUCAAGAGCGGAGUUGGCACAGUCAGUGUAAAGCUUCGAUUCGGCGCGAAGUUAGCGUUUGACUUCCACGUACUCAAUAAGGGGUUUAGUUUGGAAUCGGGAAUCUUUACUGAUGUCCCCUCCUACUCAGCCGCCAUCACCUUCAACCCCUCGUUGCCCUGUGAGGUCGCACUUAGUGAGGUGCUCGCUAUUGAUGCGGGAGCGUUUGCUACAGCCGCAGCAACACUUGGUUCCUUCAAUGCUGGACUGGGACCAAGUUUCAUUACAUCAUUGGUUACAAUGUCCCUGCCCGGAACCUGUAUAGAAAGCAAGACGGCCAGCAAUUUCACAACAGCUGCGCCAGCAACAACUGCCUCAGCAAAGACCACAGCAGGCACAAGCAGCCACUCUCAAGUCGUAAUCACCAACUCCCUCCACGCCUCCUCACUCGCAAGCCAUGUCACCGGACCCUUCAUUACCGGCACUCCCGUCUACGACACCUCCAAAACCGGGACACCUUCCUCCACCUCUGCCAAACGCCGCGACCUCGACCCCCGCGCUGUUGCCACGACUACUCCCAUCGUGCAAAACAUCACUGUCAUCACCACUACAUACACCUCCACCUCCAGCGCCAAGUCCUGGCCCGCUACAAACGGCACAUCCACACCCACCGCCUCCUCGGUCCCGUCCCCUGUCCCUCUGAGCAGUGCCGGAAUAUCCACCUCUCCCUUCCUCCCGCUAUUCGCAGGAAUUUCCCUCCUCUUCAUGUUCUUCGCUUGAUUCCCCUCGUCAUCUCAGCGC